GCCGAUCUCGCAGCACGUGAUGGAAACCCUACUCCUGGAUUUCAAAUUAAGGUCUCUGGACUUUGGAUCACCAGUUUUGUGAUGGCGAUUCCAAGGCAGAAAGUGGUUGUUGUGGGUGCUGGCCCGGUGGGGUCGUUGGCAGCACUAUAUGCUGCCUCAAGAGGCGAUGAAGUGGAAGUGUAUGAACUUCGCGGAGAUCUCCGGGACCCUACGACCGUGCCCUUGAACUUCACCAAGUCUAUCAACUUGGCAUUGUCCGAACGUGGAAUUACGUCCAUGAGACAUGCUGAUCGGGAUGACUUGAUCAACAAUAUUCUUCGUGAAACGAUCCCUAUGCAUGGGCGGAUGAUCCACGGCCGAGACCGAGGUGAUCUGUGGGAAGCUGCACAGGCCUAUGACGUUCACGGCCGGGCUAUCAAUGCAAUUGACCGAGGAACCCUCAAUAAUGCACUCCUUGAUGAGCUGGAGAAGACACCUAAUGUCAAGCUAUUCUUUAAUUACAAACUGACUGGUGCGGAUUUCCGCACCAACAAGGCCUGGUUUGAGCGCAGAAUUCCCGGUGAAACACCCAUGCCCGAUGAUGCGGGUAUAGCUGGUCGAGUGCCGGAGAUUGAGGUCUCCUUCGACUAUCUCAUCGGCGCCGAUGGGGCACACUCCGCCUCUCGCUUCCAUCUAAUGAAGUUCGCUCGUGUCGAUUAUCAACAAGAAUAUGUAGACACACUCUGGUGUGAAUUCCGGAUCCCGCCCACAGAGAAUGGGGACUUCCGCAUCUCGCCAAACCACCUCCAUAUUUGGCCUGGACAGGAGUUCAUGUUCAUCGCGCUACCAUCAGCGGAUAAAUCGUUCACGUGCACUUUGUUCGCGCCAUCCUCGCAUUACACCGACUUAGAGACCUCGUCGCAAGAUCUGCAUGAUUUUUUCGACUCCCACUUCCCCGGCGUGUGUCCUGAACUAAUCUCACCCGCGGCAUUGAGCGAGCAGUUCGCGACAAACCCACAUCUCCCGUUGAUCAGCAUCAAGUGCAAGCCCCACCACUUCAGCGCUAGCGUUGUCAUUAUUGGUGAUGCAGCGCACGCAGUGCUACCUUUCUACGGACAGGGGCUGAACGCCGGUCUCGAAGAUGUCCGAGUCCUCUUCGAGCAAUUAGACAAAUAUGGAGUCUACGACCCCAGCUCCAGUGUCUACACACGUGGUCUCAAGCGCCAGGCGGCUUUCCAAGCCUACACAGACCAGCGUUGCGCCGACACGCAUGCUAUCAACGAUCUCUCGAAAGAGAAUUAUCUUGAGAUGCGUGCGGGUGUCAAAUCACCGCUCUAUAAGCUGCGCAAGACCAUCGAAGAGACUAUCGACCGCCAUUUCCCGUUCUUUGGCUGGCAAACGCAGUAUGCUCGUGUCAGCUUCAGUAACCAGCGUUAUUCGGAGGUCGUUGAAGCCGUUCAGGGCCAGAGCCAGGUGCUUGGUCUUGGUUUGAGUGGGGCUUUCGUUGCUGUCGUUGGUUCUUUUUCUGUGUUCAUGUGGAUGUACCCUCGGCAUUUCUCGCCGAUGGGGUGGAUUCGAUGCUCGCAGCAUCUGGCUUGUGUCGGACUGAGGGCGAUUCGCAAUUUCAUUCAUGUGUAA